UAGAAAUUCUAUCAUGGCAGGAUAGUUACUCUUUAGAAGUCCACGGAUUUAUCGCAGCUUAUACACCGAUAGUACGGCAUGGAUCAUGGUUAAACUUACAGCACUAAACGGAGAAGAUAAUUACGAAGUGAUUUGAAAAAUAUACAUGAGUCAUAAUGUACUUUGAACGACACACGAAGCUGUUUUUAUGAAGUGGAAAAUACAAGACGGGAACGAUAUGUGGUUCUAUCUAUUUCUGGAUUUUGUAUCGGAUAUAAAUAAGGAUUCAUAUUAUAAGACAUGUAGAUACUCACUGUCUGAAAGUGCUAUUUACUCUAUACCUUUCAAGUAUAUUUCCAACAAGGUUAAAAUAUGAGAAUUUACUUCAAAAAUGAGCUAUCGACCACAUCAGAGUUAUGUAUUUUAGUUCGUCAAUUCGACAAAGGAUGGCGCUAUACGUCACAUAGUUUGACAUUUAUAAUUGUUUUGCUUUUCACUUUCAUUUUUACGGAUAUACUUGGUAUACACCCCCCUGUCGCUACAGCAACUGGGACCUUUGGUCACUCAAAUUGCAACUCCCAAAAUUGCACACCUUGGAAUAGCAGCGAAAAUUUCUAUAGCCUAAUUAAUUGUACUGAAUCAAAACGGAGUUUUAAUUACCUUCAACAGUGCCUUGUAUUACAUGAGGAGUACUUCAGUGAUGUUAUAUGUUCUUUAAAACCAAUCAAAUCUGGCCAAACACAAAGUCAUCGUAUGAAACGCAUAAGAUCAGAUUUCUUACCACUACCUUUCUGUACAAUGUAUAACUUCUAUAGUGUUAUUGGGGAAGAUUGUGGCCUAGAAGGGUCAAAAGAUGAGUGCCAAAGGUGUUUAGGUGGGUUACUUACAAAAGAUGCUGCUGCUAAAAGGGAUUAUAUAGCAUUCAUUGACAUGUUCACUCACUACGACUGUUCAAAAAAGAAUAAGUAUUCCGUAAAAUGGACCUGUGAUGACUGCAAGAUGGCGUAUAAGCAUUGGUUAUGUAGCAGACACAUUGACUCUAUCCACAUUAACAAUGAGCGCUAUGUUCCAUGUGAUAUGGAUCACUGCGAACGUGUUGAGGAAGCAUGCCCGUAUUUACUACCUACAAGCGAUGGCCAAUACGCUGGUGAACCAGGGUUCCUAUGCAGAGAUGAAGAAAUCUUAACAUCCUCGAGUAAUGAUCAACAAAAGUGUUUCAAAUUUUGCUAUUUUAACGACUCUCAAACUGACUACGGGAAUGACAAUGAAAAAAACAGAUGCCUCAUGGACCCACAAACCUCUAGCUCUUCAUCCAAUCACAACACAGAAUCAUCAUCACGUCAUAAACUCUUAGCUCACCUUGCCCUCGUGUGGCUUAUAUGUACGUUUUUACCAAAUAUGGUCAUAGGAUUAACAUAG